CCUGGCCGUGGGGCGGGGUUUGCGGAGGCGCGCGCGACUGUAGCUAAAGAGCCUGAGUGGAGAGAGACUCGUAGCGAGUGCGCGAGCCUGAGGGACGGUUGGAAGAGCUUGGCUCCGUGAUCGCUCUGUACAGCCCAGGCUGCCAGAGUGGCUGACCUUCCAUAAGGAUGGCCAAGCAACCACCUGCCCAAUUUACCAAUCCAGAAACUCCUGGCUAUGUUGGAUUUGCAAACCUUCCCAACCAGGUUCAUCGGAAGUCUGUGAAAAAGGGCUUUGAGUUCACUCUCAUGGUGGUUGGUGAAUCUGGAUUGGGAAAAUCUACUCUAAUAAACAGCCUGUUCUUGACAGAUCUCUACCCAGAAAGGAUAAUCCCAGGAGCAGCCGAAAAAAUUGAAAGGACUGUGCAGAUUGAAGCUUCAACCGUUGAAAUUGAAGAAAGGGGUGUUAAGCUCCGUUUGACAGUUGUAGAUACACCAGGUUAUGGUGAUGCCAUCAAUUGCCGGGACUGUUUUAAGACCAUAAUUUCUUAUACUGAUGAGCAAUUUGAGCGGUAUCUGCAUGAUGAGAGUGGCUUGAACAGGCGGCAUAUUGUAGAUAACCGGGUACACUGUUGCUUCUACUUCAUUUCACCAUUUGGUCAUGGUCUUAAACCCUUGGAUGUUGAGUUUAUGAAGGCCAUACACAACAAAGUGAAUAUUGUACCUGUAAUUGCAAAAGCUGAUACACUUACUCUGAAGGAACGGGAAAGGCUGAAGAAAAGGAUUCUGGAUGAAAUUGAACAACAUGGCAUCAAGAUUUAUCACCUGCCCGAUGCAGAAUCAGAUGAGGAUGAAGAUUUUAAAGAACAGACCAGGCUCCUGAAGGUCAGUAUCCCAUUUUGUGUAGUGGGAUCCAAUCAGUUGAUUGAAGCCAAAGGUAAAAAAGUUAGAGGUCGUCUCUACCCAUGGGGUGUAGUUGAAGUGGAGAACCCAGAACACAACGACUUCCUGAAGCUGAGAACCAUGCUUAUUACCCAUAUGCAGGAUCUUCAGGAGGUGACCCAGGACCUUCACUAUGAGAACUUCCGCUCGGAGAGACUUAAAAGAGGCGGCAGGUUGAAAGUUGAAGAUGAGGAAGUGAAUAAAGAUCAGAUUUUGCUGGAAAAAGAAGCUGAACUUCGUCGCAUGCAAGAGAUGAUUGCGAGAAUGCAGGCUCAGAUGCAAAUGCAGAUGCAAGGUGGUGAGGGAGACAGCAGUGCAGUUCAUGGACACCAUGUAUAAAUUCUUCGAUGACUUCAUAUGCAGAUUAAGAGGAAACAUUCCAGUGUUGGGAUGCAAUGGUGUCUCUCACUGGGAAGGAUGUCUUUUUACUUUGCCUAUGACUUGGAAGUCAUGUUAGUAUGUUAUGUGCAAAUGCAUGGUAAUUUUUGUAAUAUGUACUUUGUAACAGAUUGUAUUCAGUCAAUAUUUUAUUCAUUAUAUAGAGAAUGUGAUAAGUUUUAGUUUAGUAAUUUUAGUAUUAUUUUAUUGAGCUCAUUUUAUGUAAUCCAGUAUAUUAGGAAUGCAAAAUGGAUGAUACUGAGCCUUUCCUAACCUGACUUAGCAGUAGUCAAUCUAUUUGCAUAGCUCAGUAGCACCAUUAUUCAUACUACUUUUUACACUAGAAAUGCGUGACUGUUAUAGGUUGUCCAGUGGUGUGAUAUUUGACUAAUUAGGGAGUCCAAUGCCAAGUUAAGUUUUCUGUUUCCUAUUUCUUACAUUGUUUAAAUGUGUGCCUGUGAGACUCUUGGCCGUUCCUCAUUUCUUGUCCAGUGCUGAAUAGCCAUUGCCUUGGCAUCACAAGUGUCUAAUUAUAAAAGAGGUAUGCUUUGUCUUAACUAGGAAAGAGGAGAUAAGAGAGAAUUCCUUGUCAAAGGGGACACUGUAGUUUAGGGAGCAAAUGUUUAUUGCAUUUACGUUUAUCUUGAGGGAAAUAUCUUCUGGAUUUUGUUUAAUUAAAAUCCUCCAGUUUAUUGAAGAGAACUUCUUAAAAGCAAUUUGCUGUAGGGCAGCACAAAGUAGUAGUGUGUUCCAGUGGUGUGUCUGCAGCAAAAGUACCCAGAAUAAUGCUGAUAUUGGUACACAAGGGGGGAGGUGGAAAAAAGAAAUCUGCCUUUGUUUCAGAUGCUUUCCAAAAAAUAGUUUCCCUAAUGUAAUAGGGGAAGAACUUUCAAGCUACUUUCGUUAGAUAUUAAGGUAGUAGCUUUUUGCCUGAGUUAGGCUUGUACUACACCUUUCAAUCUAGUUAUGUUAUGUUUUUUUGCUUAUGGCAGGGUAUGAUAUAGCCAUUACAGCACAGACCCAGUUGCUGACAUAGUGAUACUGCUUGCUGAAUGACUCAUCUUGUCUACUUACACCUCCAGAGCCAACAGUCAGAUUUCAUAACAUGAUGUGCUACUGCAAAAUUAGUUACCAGUGUUGUUUACAAACCAGUGCCAAAGAGAUAAUACAAAGGGCACCAUCACAAAAUGCUGAGAUCUUUCUGAUCUCCUGCACAACAGUGCCCUUGUUCAUCCUCUUCUACAUUGAUAUCAGAGAUGUGGAAUAACAUAACCUAAUCCUGCAGUUAAAUUCCACAAAUUAUAGCUUUAAUGGUCACUAAAUUACUAAUUUAAAGGAGUCCUGCUACUGAACAGAUCAGAUUUUGAUCUACCUUAAAAUUGCUGCAGUUUAUAAAUUGCUUUAUAUUCAGAGUAUCUUUUUACUAUCCAAAGUAAAACCUACCAUAAUAGCCCCUGUGCUGCCUCUAAAGCAGCUGUCAUUUCAUAGAGCUGCUCAUCUUCCUACUCAUCUAAGUAGCAGCCUUAUUGAUUUCUGCUUUGUCAGAAACACAGGAAUAAUGAGUCCUUUCUUGCUAAAUGGAUGAAUACAAAAUUAGUAGGGAAGGAAAUGUAAAUGUUUAAAUUUUGCCUUUUCCAUAGAGAAAAGAUAGUAAUAAGGCAUUUCAGUAUUGCCAGAGUAAAAUGUCAAGGCAUGUUACUUAAAUCUUUCAAUAUAUUGAGCAGACUGGUUUACUGAAGAAGUGACCAUAAAUGGAUCAGAAAUAAUAUUAAGCUUCAGUGAAGUCAUUAGAAUAACUACUUUAAAAUACCUGACUAUCCCUCCCCCCCCCCCCCAGCCCCGGUGUUUUUUGUUCGAAUAGUGUAGCUAAGCACCUCUGUGUUCUUUUAGAGUUCUCAAAUGGUCUGUUACAAUAGAAUUCUUACUGUCAUGUUACAUAUAUUGGACAUAGAACAUUUUGAAGUGCUGUCCAUUUUGCAAGGAAAAACUGUUGCAUAAUAUUUCAGUAAAUUUCUUCUGAGGUCAGUAAUGUGAUCUAAACUGCAAUAGUAUUUAUAACCAGUAUUAGGGAAAAAAAAACUAUGAAAGCUUUUUUUAUUUUGUACAUAUAAUGUGUGUGUAAUAUUUUACAAGUGACAAGUACAUACUUAACCCUGUGUAUACCUUUGUUGAGGAACCACUCCCUUCCUGUAGUCCUUACUUAAGCCAACUUCUGUUUUGGAAUAAAAAUAUACUAUGCAGUUAGUGCAGAUAACAUAGUUGAGCUCUACCUGUGGAAUUGUCUGAGUAAAGCUGCAAUUUAGUCAUGGAGGUCACAGCAGUCACAAAUUCCGUGACUUAACCGGACCUCUAUGACUUCAGCAGCUGAAGCCAGGGAUGGAGGCAGGACUGUGCCCCUCCUCUGCAACUGGGGCUGGAAGGCUGGAACCAGUUCCCUGCAGCCCCUGCCCUGUGGCUUGGAGGGUGUGGGGGGCUGGAGCCAAGCUGUUAGCCCCUGUCCAGGAGCUGCGGCCAGCUCUGGAGCAAGAGCUGUGCACUCCUCGUGGCUGCGCUCCCCUGCUGCAUCCCAGCCCUGUGGCUUCAGCAAGGGGCUGCAGCGAGGACCAUUCUGCAGCUGGGACCGUGUGCCCCAGCCCUAUGGUGGGGGCUGCAGAGGGAGCCGUGCACCCCCCUUGUGGCAUUCCAGGACUGUGGGCCGUCCCUCUCCCCGCACUAUGGCCGUAGGUUGGCAGAGGCUGCAGCUGCGCACUCCUGUCCCACAGUGGAGGCCAACUCUGGAGUGGGGUCUGUGUGCCCCGCCAUGACUGUGCCCCUUGCCGCUGCCCCAGCCUUAUGGCUUCUGCUGCGGCUGCAGUGGGAACCAUGCUGCAGCUGGGGCUGUGCACCCCUGCCCGGCAGCUGCAGUGGGGGCCAUGUGCCCCCCUCACAGUUUCCCAGGGCUGCAGCCAGGGCUGUGCACCUCUGUCCCACAGCUGUGGCCAGCUUUGGAGCAGGGGCUGCAUGCUCCCCGUGCUGUGCCUCCGUUGCAGCCACUGGAACCAGGGUUUUCACCUGCCAUGGUUCUACCUGUCUGUCUCCCCCUCUCCUGACUCCAUUCCUCCCCCACAACUUAACCCUGACCCCAGUUAUUUUUAGUAAAGUCACAGACAGGUCAUGGGCUCUGAAUUUUUUAUUGCCCAUGACUUGUCUGACUUCUACUAAAAAUAACCAUAACAAAAUCUUAGCCUUACUUAUGAGAGAUCUUGGGAAUUGGGGGGUAAUAUGCAUUAAUUGAACAGCUAGCUUUUUCCAAUAGAGCAUUAUGGUUAGUUAUUGAGUAAGUUGUUUUAAAUUACUGAUCCUAGGGAGGAAAUGUUCUCACUUUUUUCCAACGGAAGUGUAAAUUCUUGGGAUUUGCAUCUUAAUGAAUGGAAUUUAUAUAGUUGCUAAUUGCUUCCACAUAUACACUCCUUUGGUGGAAAAAUCCUGUGUGCUUGACAGCUCUGAGGAGCUCUUCUCUUCUGCACUUGGCUUUUGAUGCUCCUGAUUGCAACUGCCAUUCACUUUUAUACAAUGACUUGAUGGGAAACAUCAAAAAUAAGCCAUUCUUUCUCAAACCUCUUUUUUACCUGAAGCUAACCCAGACUGGAGGAAUUGAGACUUGAAGUCACAGGUAGAGGUCAUACUCUGGAGUCAAGCAUUAUCACUGGCCCACUGAGACGGCCACAUAGGUUUUAUUUUCUUUACUAGAAGUAAUUUUACAGUUAUUUUAGGAGUCAGAGUACUGGUACACUUGCAGUGCUUUAUAUUUGGCUACUAAAAGGGCUAUUUCUUUGUACACAGCCAUCUUAAAUUUCUGUAUUCAGAUUCUGUAUUGUCAUUAGCCAAAACUUUAUUAAUAAAAAUAUCAAAAUAUA